AUGGACGACCAGAGAUCCACCACCCCUCCAUCGACUGCUAUUGUCGAGCCACGUCCGCCUAUAACCAAGGCGAGAAUCAAAGAGCUGUGGAUGUGGCUACUCUCCAAACUCGUACGUCUACAGCGUCUUCGUCAACUGAACGGCAUCAACGCAGAGAAAGCGCUCUUCCGUCGACAGCAAAUGUCCAUGGGUUCUCGAGUAAAGCGUCUGGAAGAGAACACUGCUCGAUUGGACGAAUCGCUCGAAUAUCUCGAACGCCUUGUACAGGACAACAGCUCCGCCAUCAACGCGCUGGACGGCAGCAUCGCAGAACUUCACCCCGUACUGGAUCGAGUCCAGAAGAUGGAACGCAGUCAGAAAGCCCAGGCACGGACUAUCGUGGAUGUCGAAGAAAAACUUCAAGAAAUCGACGUCGAAGUGCAACGACUGCGGACUUCGGUGCUCCGUAACAACUCGGUAUCAUCGAAUGUUACGAGUGCUGUGACCAAUGCGAUAUCCGCGCAACUCCACGACGUGACAGCGAAGUUUUCGCACCAUACCUCUGCGUUCGAGGCCUCCGAGAAGUUAUUAACUCAAGUGAGCGAGACGGAGAUCCCUGCUCUCCACGACAAGAUCGAGCUCUCUCUGUACACGAUACGUCAAGAGGCCGAACAACGCACCAAGGAGGCAGCUCAAGAACUCCAGAAGAUUCUGGAUCAACUGCAGACUUCGCAACGCAAUUCAGACGGGAGUCUGCUCGUACGUAUCACGGACUUUUGCAAUCGGAUUUAUCAUACGUUACUGGGCAUGAGUGGCGCCAUGCUUCAGUCGGUCGAGCUCAGCCGGAUCGAGCAGUCUUCCAAGGCUUCUACACGCAGCGCACUUGAUGUCGGGAUCGACUUGUUGCGCGGCAUCUUCACGCACUUUAUCACGAAUUGUGAGACUCUGAUGCCGCAAGAUACGGGAUCGGAGAUCGAGUUUCUGAUCGAAACGUCCAAGGAUUUCCAGCAACAACUCGAGAAGCUCAAGGGCCAAGCAGCGAUAGCAAGAGCGGCAGCGCAUGCUCUUGAAACCAGCGACACUCAUGGUAGCAAUCCCGUGCAGAACUCGAGCUUUGACGACCACCUCGUGUUCAUUACCACGACCAAGUUGAAAGAGCUGGAGGUCGCGUUAAUCACUCGAGAAGCCCAAAGAGAAGGCAACCAGACUCCGGAAUUGAUUCUCUUCAUGCACGACGCAGUGGUCCAAGUGCGAUCGGUUCUCUUCUUGCUGCUGCUACACACUGACGCGGUCAAGUCUCGUCUACAAGUGGAGGAGUUGCGAUCGUCGCAUACUCAAGUGCAGAGCACAGUGGUGGAGCAUGGCUUCGCUCUUGGACAUCUCGACUCGACCGUGGCACUCGUCAAGAUGAUGAACACGCGUCUCGAUACGUUCAUGGAGCUGUCAUUUGCCUACGCUAAGGAAGAAGACGUGAAGAAAUCCAUCGAGGAGUUAAUGAAUGCAAACAACGACAUGCGAGAUCUCCUCACAACCAGCUUGGAGGCGAAUCGCAGCGAGACACUGGAGCGUGAUGGGCUUUUAGGCGAAGAGAUGAACCAACUCAUCGCUCGAGUGAGCAAGAAACUGGAUAAAGACGAACUGCUCUGGACGCAAGAAGUUCUCGAACGACAAGUGCAGAACGUUGCCAACUCGUCACUGGAUGAGCACGACCUCAUCGAUAUCCACCGACGCCUGCGACGUAAAUUGGACAAGAACCAACUCAAGUCGCUCCUGCAAAGCCAACCUGGGCAAUUGGAGUCUGAGGCUCGAAGUAUGACCAACACAGCAGUCGAUGAAGGCCACAACUCACCUCUCAUCGGAGCCAAGUGCAUCUCCUGCCAAGGCGAGUUGCCACCAACCAAAGCUAUGAUCAAGACUGUCGUUCGUGAGGAAGUACACCACGAACUGGCCAAGUCUCGAGCACAGAAAACGCCUCCCAGUACCUUCAACGCUUCCAAUCACCGCAAUCUUGAAGCCUUCAAGAAAGAACUGCUCCUGUCGUCGCUGCAAAAGACUGCGAAAUGA